AUGGAGGCUUAUCUUCAGUACCAGAGAGUUCGACAAGCAGUUCAACAACAAGUGUCUGAGCUAAGAAGUGCUUGCAGCUGCCCAAGCUACACUGUUGGAUCUCCUCAUAACACGAAAUGUGAACUGAAAUUUCAUCAUGGCACCCCGGAAAAGCAAUCUUUCACGAAAUCAACAGUUACAGAUGAAUUGAUUCUCGUCGGCUGGGAAGGGCAAAGUGAUCCUUUGAAUCCAGCAAAUCAAAGUACAGGACGAAAACUUUUCAUGACUGUCAUGGUUUCUUUGAUUGCGCUGUCUGUCACUGCAGCAUCUGCAAUCGAUGCAUGUGGUGUCAGGGAAUACAGUGAGUAUUUCCAAGUAUCUGAACUCGUGGGAUCUCUCGCAACAGGCCUUUUCCUUAUCGGAUUUGCGUUCGGCUCCCUGUUCUCCGGCCCAUUCUCGGAGACCUUUGGACGCAAUGCGGUAUAUCUAACAACCAUGCUCAUCUUUUUGGUCUUCAUUAUGGCGUCGGGAUUCGCACCAAACCUCCACGGUCACCUCAUUUUUCGCUUUCUCGCCGGAUUUUUCGCUUCUACCCCACUAAGCUGCGCCGGUGGCACGGUCGCAGAUCUAUGGAAUCCGGUAGAGAAGGCCUACGCCUUUCCUAUCUACGCUAUACCAGCAUUCUCAGGGCCGAUGGUCGGUCAGAUGAUUGGAAGCUACAUUCCAGUAAAAUUAGGCUGGCGCUGGCUAGAAUGGAUAAUGCUUAUAAUGGGAGGUAUAGUUCUGGUUCUGGUUCUCCUGUUUCAGCCAGAGACCUACGGCGAUCUUAUUCUCUAUUGGAAAGCCUCGAUACUUCGAAAAGAGACGGGAGAUGAGAGAUACAGAGCCCCCACGGAGAUGAAUUGCGAGAGUCUAGGGCAGCGUCUGAAGCUCUCGGUGCACCGGCCGUUUGCUAUGUUCUACUCUGAGCUGAUAAUCAUCCUGAUCUCGCUCUACUUGACGAUUAUCUACAUCGUCCUGUUCACGUUCCUAGAGGGCUAUACUUUUGUCUUUGGCCAAACAUACGGCAUCUCCGAGGGCCUGACUAGUCUGUGCUGGACUGGUAUGCUAAUUGGCACCUUGCUUGUGGGCUGCGUGGUGCCAGUAGUGUACAGUUGGACAGCGAAGGCUUACGUUCGAGGCGAAGCCUCUGCAGUUGACCCUGAGAUGAGACUCUGGUAUGCAAUGCUCGGUGGGGCACCAGCAGUGCCAGUCAGUCUAUUCUGGAUGGGAUGGACUAGCAACCCGGCAAUCUCGAUAUGGUCUCCUCUCGUCGCGACCGUCCUCUUUGGCUUCGGCAUUACAACUAUCUUCAUCGUUUCUUACAUGUAUCUCAUCGAUUCCUACGAUACAUACUCGGCUUCCGCACUAGGGUUUCUUGUGUUCACGCGAUAUGUGGUCGCGGGCGGGGUGACUAUUGCUGGUGGUCCGAUUUAUCAGUCUAUUGGAGUACAGUAUACACUCACGAUACUCGGGUCUAUCAGUGCAGUUCUGACCUGUGUGCCAUAUUUGCUGUACAUAUAUGGACCGAGGAUCCGCAAGAACAGCAAUUACGCGGUUAAUAUCGACAGGAAGUGA